CACCGCCACCACCAGUGGACUUGAACGUCACUAGAUCAACGCUAUCUCUAUCACGGGCAAUAAUGGAGACUGAGGGCAUAAAAGGAUUUUAUCGUGGCUAUUGGUUAACGCUGGGAGUCUUCGUUCCACAGACGGUAAUCUAUUUUGUAAUCUACGAGAAACUCAAAGCACGAGGAGCAAAAAGUGAUGCGGAAAAAGUGAAAAGAAUCGAAGAAUUCUCUAACAUACAACAUUAUGAUAAAUAUGGGUUACCGAGAAAACCAGCACCAAAGGUUCAUCCACAUGUUGCUUUGGCAUUCUCCAGUUAUUUUAUAUAUUCCGCGAUCGCGUCUGCAAUUGCCGCGUCAGUCUCGAAUGUGGUGGAUGUCAUAAAGACACGGUGGCAAGUCACAUAUAAAAAGGAGGAGAACAUUAAAUCACCAUGGCAGAUUAUAAGGAACAUGUAUAUGCAUGAGGGAGGAAUUUUUGCGUUUGGUCGUGGAAUGAUCGCAAGAGUCGCUUGGGCUGUUCCUCAAGCUUCACUUGGUAUGGCGGUGUUUGAAGUGUUAAAAGAGUUAAGAAGGAAACGGGCUUUAGAAUUAGAAGCAGAAGCAAACUCAGUUUCGUGA